AUGCACGUGCUAGUACUUUUCAUGACUGUUUUGGGAUACGCUAUGGCAGCGGUACAUAUAAUGAAAGUGAAAAGGUUCACACCACCAAUGGUAAAAAUGAUACGGAAUGGAACUUGGGAUCGAUUUGUGGAAAGAAUGAUGGAGAAACCACUGCAGCAAAUGACCGGUAGCGAUGGCGACAUUUAUAUACACGAUAUCACCAGAUAUUAUGAUACUGAGUACCUUGGUGAAAUCACUAUCGGCACUCCUCAACAGACGUUUCUAGUCCGUCAAACAGACCCAUUUCUAGAUAAAUAG